UUCAAGUGGGAAAAUACCACUAUGGCAGAUUUUCCAAAUCAGUUCUGUCAGCGCAGUUUAGAACGAGACUUACAUCGGUGAAAACGCGUUUUUCAUUCCAAUUGACUUCGGGCUUCGUCACCGCGAUCCAACUCCGCAAAAUAGAACGACAUCCAACGGCGCGAAACCAUUGUGCACAGAGUUCAUCGUUGUCGGUUGAGCUUGAACUACUGGAAAGGAAGCGAUUAACUGCAUUUCGCGAUCGCGUAAAUCGCAGCGAAAAUGUCCGAAAAUGGAACAAAUUUGAUUUGAAGCCCCUUCUUGGCAAGUGACAGUUCCAUCAAUAAGAAAAAUUCCCGGAGAGUGAGAAAAUAUUUUGUCAAUAAACACCGAUAUAAUAUGAUCGUAAUAUAUCAGAGAGACAUGUUUCGUACGCAUCGCCCGAAUAAACGCCAAGAAAGAAUGUAAACCACUGGAGAGAGAAGAGAAAAUUAUGAAGAUGAGUUUUUCCGAUUCUAAGCUUGUUUGUGUCUAUAAUUAGUGGCGCUAAGUGGAACCGCGUUGAGGCGUGACUGCAGCGCAUGCUGGCUGGUGGAAGGAGUCGCUGGCAAAGGAAACAAAAAUAAUCAGCUUAGCCAGUAUAUCGCAACCGGAGAUUGACUAACCAGGACGGGGGAAGAUGAAUCGCCAGAGAUCGUCGGUGAGGAGCCGGGGAUCCUCCUCGACGACCACCAGCGAUCCGCGCGAAAAAGUGAAAGAUUGCUGUCGGAAGUUUAUCGCAUUUAUGUGCACCCAAGUCGGUGUCGGCGGGCUGAUUGUAGUGUACGCUUUGGUUGGUGCGGCGAGCUUCAUGUCCAUCGAGACCCAGGAACCGAAUCCUCUGAUUGAAUAUGUGGCGAAUUUGCGACGGAACUGUGCGGCUGAAUUGUGGGACGUGACGGAGCAGCAUAACUUAUUCAACAGUUCCAUCUGGCAGUUGGAAGCGGAUAUUGUGCUGAAACGAUACCAGGAUGACUUUGCAGAUGCUAUCAAGAAAGGAUACGAUGGUCGACAUCCGGAAGAGGUGUGGAACUUUCCGGCGGCACUAAUGUUCUGUUUGGCUGUUUUCACUAUGAUCGGUUACGGAAAUAUGGUUCCCCGGACGGCUUGGGGCAAAGGGGCCACUGUCAUCUACGCCACAUUCGGAAUACCGCUGUAUAUUCUUUACUUCAUGAACAUGGGGAAAGUGCUGGCAUCUACCUUCAAAUGGCUAUAUACAUGGCUCCACGAGUGUAGCCACAAUCAAGAUGACGAUAUGCACAUAGAAGACGGAAGUGGUGUCCCGCAGAGAAAACGAAUCAUUGUGCCGACGACCGCGUGUCUGUGGGUCAUUUCGAUCUACAUCGCGACCGGGACGAUCAUGUUUGCCGAGUGGGAAAAGUGGACCUAUCUUGAUUCGGCUUACUUCUGUGUGACCAGUUUGUGUAAGAUCGGGAUCGGAGACCUCGUCCCAGGUGCCAACAUAUUGGACUCUCAAAGCGGAAAGCCAACAAAGCUGGUGAUAAAUUUCGUAUACAUGCUCCUUGGGAUGGGAGUGGUGGCCAUGUGUUAUAUUUUGAUGCGCGAGGAGGUGCGAAUCAAAAUGCAGGAAAUCAAAGAAGAUACUCGACUGUGUUUGGAGGACAUGAGUGCUAAGUUUGCAAAGUGUUUUGGAAAUAGUAAGGAGUCUCAAUAUUACGAUUGAUAUUCCAUUUAGUAGAUCAACCGAUAGCAAUCAAUGUGACCUUUCUAAUGAAGUGGAAUGUACAGUUUUGAACCAAAGUAUCCAAUUUGUGCUAUUUUUUUUGUAAGACAGAGCCAAUAAAGAUAUCGGGUAUAACCGCAAGGUGCUUG